AUGCGGAAGGCUCGUGAUGCAGAGUUGAAUGAAAAUCAAUCUAUCGUCAAGGAGGUUGAGGAUAAAGAAAAGGCCGAAAAAGAAGCUCAGGCUACACUCAAAAGAAAAAUGCUCUUAUUUCUCAAGUGGACCCUGAAGCAAAUCCAACAUGAUGUUAUGGAUUUGCCCAGCCAGUAUUGGUUGGAUCCGGUUGCUUCCUUUGAUCUUCAAAGUUCUCAGGAUUUGCAACUGGAUCUACCCAUUACUCCUAAGCCUUUCAAGUUUUGUGCUUUCGUGAAGGUUGUGAAUGCUCCUAUCAUAGAUAGCGGUGCUAAUCACAUGUUGUUCUCCUUCUACUUGAAGCACAAGAAGCCCCAAUAUGAAACUUGGUGUGCAAAAAAAAUUGCUGUUUUGAAAGUUACUAGGCCAAUCGAGACUGAUAGCUUUCCCAAUGCAAAUUUUAAAGUAGCGAGAUGUUCGGAUAGUCGGGUCUACAAAUUUACACUCGCAGACUUUCCAUGUCUGAAUCCUUAUGAUUGGAUUGUUCUUUACAAGAUGUUGAGAGAGAAAGAGAAGUAUGAACCUGUUAUGUCCCAUCUCCAACUGAUGAUCAAGUCCUACAUUCAAGAAGUUGGUGAGAUGGAUGUAGAUAUUGCCACUGUUUUGAGGAAAAAGCCUACUACUGUAACGACGUGA